AUGGGUCUCUUCACAGUCCAAAACGCCUUGGUCGUGGCCGGCCUCUUCGUCGUCUAUCUCGUCGGCCUUGGCGUCUACCGUCUCUUCUUCCACCCGCUUGCCAAAGUACCCGGGCCUAGGAUCGCGGCGCUCACGUCUUGGUACUGCGCGUACUAUGAUGUCUACCUAGGCGGUCAGUACAUUUGGAAAAUCAAGCAACUCCAUGAGCAGUAUGGUCCCGUGCUGCGCAUCAUGCCGGACGUCGUCCACGUCAACGACCCGGGGUUUAUCGACAAGCUCUACACCCAAUCGCCCAAGGUCCGGCGCGAGCGCGCCCCUACAGUGCUCAACAUGUUUGCCAAGAAGUUUUCCAUGCUGCCGACAAAAGACCACGACGUCCACCGGAGGCGGCGGGCCGUGCUGAGCCGCUUCUUUUCGCACCAGAGCGUACGGCGCCUGGUACCGGCGAUCAACGACACGCUGGCCGCACUUCUGGGGCGGCUGCAGGCGCUCGCCGAGUCAGGCGAGCCGGUGCGGCUCAGCCCCUACUUCAAGGCCACGACCAAGGACGUGAUCCAGUCGUACGCAUUUGGCGGUGGCCAGUUGUGUCUCGAGAUGGACGACCUGAACGAGCCGUUCUUUGCCGUGCUCACCUCCGGCCGGCUUUCACACCUUGCCGUCCACUUCCACUCGCUCAUGGGCACUAUGGCGCGCCUACCUCCGGCCAUUCUCGUGAAGCUACAGCCGUCGAUCCUGGCCAUGAUCGAAUUCGUGGACGGUUUGACAGAAAAGAUCGACGCAAUUCGGGCUCAGUCGCCCAAAGCUGGCGACGAGCUGUCCGAGAAGAGUAGCAUCUUCCGCGAGGUGCUCGACAGCGACAUUGACGAGUCGGACAAGCGCACCGAGCGCCUGGUCGACGAGGCCAUGGUGCUGGCCAUUGCCGGCGCCGACACCACUGCGUGGUCUCUUGCUGCCAUUUGCUACCACGUGCUCAGCAACCCGACCAUCUUCCGCCGUCUGCGCGCCGAGCUCGAUUCGGCUAUGCCGGACCCAACACUGCCACCGGAUCCGGUCAAAUUGGACGGUUUGCGCUUCCUCAACGCCCUGAUCGAAGAGGUACUGCGCAUGCACCCGAGCGCAACCCAUCGCCAAGAUCGCGUGGCCCCGGACGACGAUCUCGUGUAUGUCUACGACGACGGCAGCUCCAUCGUCCUGCCUCGCGGCUCGUCCAUCGGCAUGGCUGCGCCGCUCCUCAACCGGUCGCCCAGACUCUACCGUGACCCAGACACAUUCGACCCGGACCGCUUCCUCGAGGACCCCACACUCGCCCGCCGCAGCAUGACAUUUUCGCGCGGUGCUCGCCAGUGCAUCGGCAUCAACCUGGCCUACCAGGAGCUGCAGACCUUUACCGCCGGCAUUUUCCGCAAGUAUUCGCCGUAUGAUCCCACGCAAAAGGUGCAAAAUGGGCCGACAAUGGAGCUGUACGAGACGACAGUGGCGGACGUUGAGCUGCACUCUGACUAUGUCGCAGCCCAUGCCUACCCGGGCAGCAAGGGCGUGCGUGUGCGUAUUCGGGACUAG